GCCCCGCGGUGCAACUCCGCCGUGGCCUGCGGGUGGGCGGGCGGCAGUCGCGUCGCCCGCACCCCGCGCAGCCUUCACCUUGCCGGCAUUGGCUCUUACCCACACGGGGCUGGGGGUUUGGAGCGGAUUUGUUUUUUUAAACAUUUUCCAGCAGACCACAUCCCCGCCCCCCCGCUGGCUGUCCCCCGCCCCCCGCACAUAUACCCUGCACACACGCACGCACACACACACACACCCGGCGCGCACAGACACACGCUCCCUCCCUCCGCGCUCUACCCCUCGCCCGCCCGCCGCGCACGCAGCCGGCCCCGGCUCCCGGCGCCCCGCGCCCCGCGCCCCGCCACCGCCGCCGCCGAGCAAAGCCGGGCUGGGCUUGGAGCUGCUCAUGGAGAAAGUGCCAGGCGAGAUGGAGAUCGAGCGCAGGGAGCGGAGCGAGGAGCUGUCCGAGGCGGAGAGGAAGGCGGUGCAGGCUAUGUGGGCCCGGCUCUAUGCCAACUGCGAGGACGUGGGGGUGGCCAUCCUGGUGAGGUUCUUUGUGAACUUCCCCUCAGCCAAGCAGUACUUCAGCCAGUUCAAGCACAUGGAGGAUCCCCUGGAGAUGGAGCGGAGCCCCCAGCUGCGGAAGCACGCCUGCCGAGUCAUGGGGGCCCUCAACACUGUCGUGGAGAACCUGCAUGACCCCGACAAGGUGUCCUCUGUGCUCGCCCUUGUGGGGAAAGCCCACGCCCUCAAGCACAAGGUGGAACCGGUGUACUUCAAGAUCCUCUCUGGGGUCAUUCUGGAGGUGGUCGCCGAGGAAUUUGCCAGUGACUUCCCACCUGAGACGCAGAGAGCCUGGGCCAAGCUGCGUGGCCUCAUCUACAGCCACGUGACCGCUGCCUACAAGGAAGUGGGCUGGGUGCAGCAGGUCCCCAACGCCACCACGCACAGCUCCUGGAGGAGGUCCCCUGAGGGCAGCUGGGGACGCCAGGCCUCCUGCCCUUCCUGCUGCUGACCACACUGGCCCCGGGCUGGCUCCUGCUCCCCUCCCCCCUCUCCCGUCAGCACCACCCCAAGAGAGUGGAGUCCUCGGGAACUGCUGGCUGGAGCCAAGCCAACUCCAGAUGUGCACAGCUGGGCCCUGGCCUGCCUGAGACCUGGGAGUCAAUGGGAAACAAGCAGAUGUUGGCCCACCAGAGGAGGGCACUGGCAGGGCGUGGAGAGCAGUGGUUGCCCCCUCACCCCCCACCAGCGGUCACCCAGAGGGUCCAGGGAAAAGACAGGGGAAGAGAAGGGGAGGGGGCUUGCCUGCCCUCCCACCCCUCUCCCCACGCAGGCUCUGCUGCCAAAGAUGAGUUUGUUUACAGCCAGGACACAAGACUUCCUGCUUCCAGAGAAAAGGGCUUUUUUACAAGGGCCAAGAGAGACUGGAAAGAGAGCUGGCUGGGCGUGAGCCCCAGUGAAUCAAAAACACAUGGCCCAAGUUCCCCAGCACGCUGCCCGUCCUGCCCUCCCCACCCUGCCCUAGGGACUAAGAUCUCUCCAAACCCCAAACAUUUUGAAACGGCCGAAGUCUCCUCCUCCGCCCACUUCUGCUCCUUGUGGACUGAAUGGAGAUGGGCUACCGUGGAAACUGGCACCCCAUGGGGGUUUCUCCCAGCUGUCAGGUGGUGGGGUGGUCCCCUCAUCCCUUUACACCCUCUAGCCCACCCCUAGUGUCCCUGGCCUGAGCCUGCAGAGCCUCCCUGCUGCCAGGGUCCCCAUGGGCUUGAGGGUAGGAUGGAGUUACAGAGUAGAGUCCUAGAAGGCCCUCGCCCAACUUCUCUUAUCAGGGAAGCAGGGGUGGGCCAGGCGCCACUGUUUAUUGAGCCGUCUCUGCUCCAGGGUGUGCGCCUUUGCGUGGGUGGGGUGGGGGGGGGCGCAAUGACUGCAGGGGGCGCUGUGUGUACUGAGAAUACGAGAAUACAGAUGGGUGGCCUGAGGAGGGACGAGACAGGCCGGACAGAAUGCGCCACGUUUCAGAAUUAAUGGAAAAAGAGCUCACAUUGGUAUCGUGCUUUGCAGUUUGUGAAACACUUUUUUACCCAGUUUAUGUCACAAGACAGACAUUAUUCACAUUUUAGAGAAAAAGAUCCGGAGCUCCCAUGGGCCAGUAGACUUGCCUGAGAUCACACAGCACGUUCGUAGCAGGACGGAGACUAGAACUUGGGUCUCACGGUUGCUUUCAACUGCACUGUGCCGGAUCUCUUGGCAGGAAGUGAGCCUCGCCAGCCCCAGGUCCUCCCCCUUUCCCCCGAGGGUCCUUCCCUGCCUCUGGUAACGUUUGUCCUUCCCUUCCUAUCUCGU